GUCAAACACGCAGCGAGAGCCACACGCCUGCCUGAGACUCCCCAACACGAGCGAGGGAAGAAGAAGAAGAGUCCAGACACCACACACCCACAGCUUGCUCGUUGCUCCAUGGGGGCGGGGAAGGACGCUCCACCUCCGGCCACCGACGGGGCCGCCGCGCCGGCGCCGCCGCAGCCGGUCGUGCUCCGGAUGGUCUUGCAUUGCGACGGCUGCGCCAAGAAGGUCAAGAAGUCCAUCCACCGCAUGCCUGGCGUGGUGUCCGUGGUGGCGGACGCGGCGGCGAACACGGUCGUGGUGGCGGGGACGGCGGACGCGGCCGCGCUCAAGGCGCGGAUCGAGUCCAGGACCAAGAAGCCCGUCGAGAUCGUCUCCGCCGGCGCCGCCCCAAGCAAGCCCCCUCCUCCCGCCGCCGACCCCAAGAAGCACCCCGACAAGGGCGCCGGGGCCGACAGCAAGGGGGAUAAGGCCGGCGCCGAGUCGCCGCCCAGAGAGGAGAAGAAGCAACCGCAACCGCCCGAGGAGAAGAAACCCGUCCAGGACGCGACGGCGCUGCUCAGGAUCCGCCUCCACUGCGACAGCUGCGCCGACCGCAUCAGGCGACGCAUCUACAAAAUCAAAGGGGUUAAGGAUGUGAUCCUCGAGGGCAAUGCCAAGGACGAGGUGAAGGUCGUGGGCACCAUGGACGUGCCCGCCAUGGUGGCCUACCUCAACGACAAGCUCAACCGCACCGUCGAGGCCGUCGCACCCGGCUCUAAACCCGGCGGCGACGAUGCCAAGGACAAGGGCGGCGACGGCGACGGACACAUCAAGAAAGACAAGGCGGCGGGAGACGACGCGCACAAGGCGGACAAGGGGAAGGGCAUCGAGGUGGCCGGCCCGUCCGUGGCGUCGGCCGCGGCGUCGCUGGCGCCCGCGCCGAUGGGCGCCAGCACGCACCACGUCUCGCCGUACGGCUACGGCAACGUCGCCUACCCGCCGCCGCAGCAGGGGCCUCCGCCAGGGUACUACGGUGGUGGCAAUGCUGACGGCGCGGGGUACGCCACGCCGUACUACCAGCAGCCAAGAGCCGACGGCGCGGGGUACGCCACCCCCUACUACGAGCAGCCAAGAGGCGACGCCGGCGGCUACUACCAGCAGCAACCGAGAGGCGACGCCGGCGGCUACUACCAGCACCAACCGAGAGGCGACAGCUACUACCACCAGCCCCCCAGCGCCGACGGCGGCAGCUACUACCAGCACCCCGGCGGCUACGACCAGCACCCCAAUCCGCCGCCGUACCAGCCGUACCCGUUCGACACGGCGCCGCCCCCGCAGAUGUUCAGCGACGAGAACCCCAACUCCUGCUCCGUCAUGUGACUCCGUCGGCUGCCCCUCGCAUCGGAAGGAAUUCACCUCACCGGGAAGAAGGAAGAAGAUGAAAUCUCUGACGUAGUUAACCGAGGAGUAGCACCUAGCUUAAUUUAGCCUUUACUCGGAUCGGCAGCGCCAUCAAAUUCAUUCAUUGACGCGCGGGCCCGAUCAAAUUUUGCUCAUCCCAUUUCUGUUGCCUGUCCCCUGACGAUGAUCGAGCCUUGUUCUUUCCACGAUCUUCAUUUUCUUAAUUCGAUUCAAUUCAAAUUACCAGAUGAGAUGAA